AUGCUUAGAGAUUACAUUUUACGUGCCUCUGACAUUCACCACGGUUUGAGUAGUAAACAAGUUCGUAUUCUGGCUUAUGAGUUCGCAGUGGCAAACAAUAAGCGUUUUGCUGAAAGUUGGUCGAAAAAGAGCAUGGCUGGUAAAGAAUGGCUGUUUGGAUUUCGUCAAAGGUACAAGCUCCCAUUAGCAACUCCUGAACAAAUCAGUUCGAGCAGGGCAACUAGUUUUAAUAAAACGAAUAUUGAAGCUUUUUUUAAAAAUUUGCGAGAGCUUAGAACUGAAUAUAACUUGAAAGCACACGAUAUUUAUAAUCUAGAGGAGACAGCUGCUACUACUGUUCAUAAACCUCCAAAGAUAUUAACCAAGAAGGGUAACAAGAAUUUCGGCCAAGUAACUUCAGCGGAGCGAGGAACUCUAGUUACUCUGGUGGGUAUUAUUGGAGCUACUGGAAAAUUCGUUCCUCCAUUCCUCAUUUUUCCACGGGUUCAUUUAAAGGAACACAUGCUACAUGGUGCCCUUCCAGGAAGCAAAGGUGUUGCAACACCUACAGGCUGGAUGAAUAGCUCGUUGUUUUUACCACUUUUACAACAUUUUGCAGAACAUGAGAGGCCUACUAGAGAGAAACCCAAACUUAUUCACCUAGAUAAUCACGAGAGUCACUUAAGCAUUGUGGCACUCGAUUUUGCCAAAGAAAACGGCAUUCUAAUGUUAACGCUAUCUCCCCAUUGCAGCCAUAAAAUACAACCUUUAGACAUCAGUGUUUUUGGACCUUUCAAGAAAUUUUAUAACUCUGCUUGUGAUAAAUGGAUGGUGAAUCAUCCUGAUAGGCCUAUCACCACACAUGAUGCAGCAGGUUCAGUUGGAGAAGCGUUUCCUCAAGCGUUCACGCCAAAAAAACAUUUGUAG